GGGCCGCCGUGCCCGCGGCUCCUCCCGCCUGGGUCGCUGUGUUUCCCUUGCCCUGCAGCCUCCAGUCCGAGGAAUGCACGGGGACGGCGUGGAACUUAACCUACACCUCUUUGUCACUCUUGCUCCAGUCUGUGCGACCCCCAAAGCGUGUCACCUGUGCAAAUAAAACGGGGUAGAAGUUAAGGGCCCCGUGAGCGCGGAGCGAGCGCGGCGAGCCGGAAGUGACGCGCUCCGUGCCCGCGUAUUCCCGCCCUGCCCUUCGCCGGCUGUUCCGUGGCGGGAACCCGGGCGACCGUGCUGACGGCGGCUACUGGUGAAGUAACCAUGCAGGCUUUUCUAAAAGGCACAUCUGUCAGUACUAAACCACCACUGAAGGAUCGAGUAGCUGCCACAGCUGGAAGCAGUGGAGAGAACAAGAAAGCCAAACCUGUUCCAUGGGUGGAAAAAUAUCGCCCAAAAUGUGUGGAUGAAGUCGCUUUCCAGGAAGAAGUGGUUGCAGUACUGAAAAAGUCUUUAGAAGGAGCUGAUCUCCCUAAUCUCUUGUUUUAUGGGCCACCUGGAACUGGAAAAACAUCCACUAUUCUGGCAGCAGCUAGAGAGCUUUUUGGGCCUGAGUUGUUUCGAUUGAGAGUUCUUGAAUUAAAUGCAUCUGAUGAACGUGGAAUACAGGUUGUUAGAGAAAAAGUGAAGAAUUUUGCUCAAUUAACUGUGUCAGGAAGUCGUUCAGAUGGGAAGCCAUGUCCACCUUUUAAGAUUGUGAUUCUGGAUGAAGCAGAUUCUAUGACCUCGGCUGCUCAGGCAGCUUUACGACGUACUAUGGAGAAGGAGUCUAAAACCACCCGAUUCUGUCUCAUCUGUAAUUAUGUCAGUCGAAUAAUUGAACCUCUGACCUCUAGAUGUUCUAAAUUCCGCUUCAAACCACUGUCAGAUAAAAUUCAACAGCAGCGAUUACUAGACAUUGCUGAUAAAGAACAUGUCAAAAUUAGCAAUGAGGGAAUAGCUUAUCUUGUUAAAGUGUCAGAAGGAGACUUAAGGAAAGCUAUUACAUUUCUUCAAAGUGCUACUCGAUUAACAGGUGGAAAGGAGAUCACAGAGAAGGUGAUCACAGACAUUGCUGGGGUAAUACCAGCUGAGACCAUCGAUGGACUAUUUGCUGCAUGUCAGAGUGGCUCUUUUGACAAACUAGAAGGUGUGGUAAAAAAUUUAAUAGAUGAGGGCCAUGCAGCCACUCAGCUUGUAAAUCAACUUCAUGAUGUGGUUGUAGAAAACGAUAACCUUUCCGACAAACAGAAAUCCAUCAUCACAGAAAAACUUGCUGAAGUAGACAAGUGCUUAGCGGAUGGUGCUGAUGAACAUCUACAACUGAUCAGCCUCUGUGCUACUGUGAUGCAGCAGUUAACUCAGAAUUGCUGAAAUGUUCGUAAGAUGUUUAAAACUUACACAAAUAAAAUAACCAAAACACCUUUAAAGUGAAUAUACAAUUUAUUUAACAUUCAAACUUCAUUAAGACAUGUGCAAUAUGGCAAUUUUAAUUACUGGGGGUUUAACCCUACCUAGGAUAUGAUUGCUUGCUGGGGCUUAGCAACAGGGUCCAGUUCACACUUAGCACUAAUUAAAUACUUUAUUGAAUAAAUACAAUACCAAACAAAAUGCAUUCAAAUGCUUUCUAAAAAAAAAAAAUCAAUUUUAAAGGCCUUUCUAUUCAGGCUAAU